CAUUCACAGUCGCUGUCUGGUUUCUUUCCUCAGUACGACUCUGGCAGCUCUCCUCCACAGCAGCAGAAAGACACAGAACCAAAAACAGAACGGUGAAAGAUAGACAAGCGAAAGACAGAGAGAAACAAGGUGUGAAAGACAACAGCAGGAGGGCAAGCUUUACUCUAAACCUCCCCCUCCAGAUGGCACAAUGGGAAGAGAUUUGGAACCGGUGAAAAGUGGGAGCGAGACAAGACGUGAUCUAGAAGAACAAGGUGUUAAAAAUAGAUGCUGACAAGGGUCCUGGACAGAUGGACGGAUGCUGAUCUCCUAAAAUAGAGGGGUAGUAACCACUCCAUUCUGACUGACAGACAGAAGGGUGCCCAUUUUUACACUGGGAGCAACAGGAUAUAGCCCCCUUUCCUCUACUGGAUAAGACUGAACCAGGGGGUUCUACUGCACCUCUUUCCCUGACAGUGUCAUUCUCCUUUUCUCUUUUACCUGGACUUUGGCCUAGUCAGUCAGUUGUUCCUUACAUUUUUCUCCUGUUUCUUCAUUUCUUUUUGUUCAUCUCUCCGGGGCAAGUGACGCAAUCGAGAGUGCUUUUUGGAAUAUUUGCUCAAGAAGAUUGUCCUCUGUUGACCCUUUACAUUGUGUGUGUUUGUGUGUGUGUGUUUAUAUGAGCACAAGGACGUAUGUGUGUGUGAGAGCCUGUGCCCUUUUUACCUCUUAAUUUCCACCCUUUGCACCCAUCUGUUUCAUGCUGGCUGUCCUUUCACACCUCUGCAAGUGUCGCGCACCAUCUGCGAGCGUGUCAUUGUGUGUGUGUGUUUUGGUGUGAGUGUGUGUACGUAUCUGUCACCCGCAGUUACGCCACUGGUCAAAAGUUGGCCAAUUGGAUCAGAGCCAUUUCUGGAGGCAACGUGGCAUGCUGUUUUAGCUGGGCAGAAGGGGAACAGAAGGCCGGCUGUUUAGGGAUCAGUUUGAGAGAUUCUACUGUGUUCUCCCGAUAGGACUCGAAAGACUAUCAAACCUCCCGGAGGAUCAAUUCAAUCAGCAUCUGAUCCAACAAGUGUUAACUGAUCACCUGUGGAUGGUGUACCUUGGGAAUACAGUGAGUGGCAGUGAAGGAAUCGUCCAAUCGGCACAUGUUUUAUAGAUGACCUGUCCGAUCAUCCAUUAUUAAAGCCCUGGAACUUUGGGUUUUGCCUGUGAGGUGUUGAUCAGAUUCCGGAUUACCUGAUGUGUGUGUGUGUGUAGAGGAUAUAGCUUGAUGAUCUCUGGCACCGUGGCUGUCUGCUUCCUGUGCCGGUCUUCUUGGAACUGUCACUCAACUGCUUGGCCCUCAGUCUCUCUAUUGUACCUAGGAGCUGCCAACACAGACUGACAGACCCUUUUUUCAAUUUUUUUCUCGGCCAUGCUGUACUGUGUAACUCUCUGAACGAAAGAAGACAUUUUGCGAAGAAAGACAAGACGUUCUGACUCUGUCCAGUGUGUACCUUUCUCCGUGUCCACGCUAACUGACUGCCUAACCUGGGGCAAUUGACCUCUAGUCCCGUGCUACCUGCUGUGUUCCAUCACCCCCAGGGGUCAUGAUUGGUGUCAACAGCCUGCACUCGGCAGGGCGCCUGCGCUCACGAUCCCUGUGCUCGGUCCGCUAUGGGCGAGACUUCCGUAUGAUUGACCCAUUCCGCUACCCCCGAACACCCCGCUCGCGCUCCCUGAAGCCCCUUAUGUUCCCAGACCUGCUGGGCAAGGCCCAGGAUGGACAGAACCACCCGCAGGCCCGCAAGAGGAAGAAGGUACAAUGUGCCACCCGGGCCCUGUACAACUCAAUCAAGAAUGAGAAGCUUCAAUGGACAAUCGACGAGGAGGAGAUGCGGAAGUCUUUCUCAGAGCUGGGGGACACCAGCCAGGCAGACUCCACCUCUAAACCCAUGAAGAGCAUGGCCAGCGGCGGGAAACCCCUAGUGGCCAUGGCCCAGCCCUCAGGAGCCCUGCUGUACAAGAACGGCUUCCUGGUGCGCAAGGUGCACGCCGACUCAGACGGCAAAAGAACACCGCGUGGGAAAAGAGGAUGGAAGACGUUCUAUGGCAUUCUGAAAGGGCUGAUUCUCUACCUACAGAAGGGAGAGUACCGGCCAGAUAAGCAGCUGUCGGACGAAGAUCUGAAGAACGCUGUGUCCAUCCACCACUCUCUGGCCAUGAGGGCUGCCGACUACAGCAAGAGACCCAAUGUGUUCUACCUCCGCACCGCCGACUGGAGGGUCUACCUCUUCCAGGCACCAAGCACAGAGCAGAUGCAGUCAUGGAUCACACGCAUCAAUACGGUAUCAGCCAUGUUCUCGGCGCCACCUUUCCCUGCAGCCAUUGGUUCACAGAAGAAAUUUGCCCGACCGCUGCUGCCAAGCUCCACCUCCAAACUGUCACAGGAGGAGCAGGUCCAGUCCCAUGAGACUCGGUUCCGGGCCAUCUCCACUGAACUGGCUGAGCUGCGCUCAUAUCCUCCAGACCGAAAGGUCAAAGGCCGCGAGCUGGAGGAGUACCGCCAGCGAGACGAGUACCUGGAGUUUGAGAAAACACGCUACGGUACCUACGCCAUGCUGCUGCGGACCAAGAUCCGCUGCGGCGAGGAUGACCUGUCCGUAUUCGAGGUUCAGAUCCUGGAGGACAACGGGCUGCAGCGCGCCCAUUCCAGCCCCACACUGCAGGACUUUAGCCAGGCAAGCCAGGCGUCCCAGGGCAGCAGCACCAAGGAGCUGGUGGGCUGCAGUGGCAUGGGAAAAGGCUCCAAGCACACCGAGGGCCAGAGAUACAGCUACCGCCAGGCCGUCAAGAAGUGAGGCAGGGCGGGGCGCCGGGUGGUGAUGACGUGACAGGUUUGUCUCCCUGCGCAAGUUUUUAUUUGAAAUCCAGUGGAGGGGGCUUAUAAGAGCUUGAAAAGGAGAGGGGUGAGAGUGUACUGUAUACACCAUGCC